AUGACCAUAAAAUUUGAAUGGACCAAUGGCGAAGUAUCCAGUUCUCCGUGCAUUCUUCUUAAAGGUUCCUGUGAUUCUAUAAAUCAAGGAGUCAUCCAAGUUGUUAACAACAAAAACAAGGUUUAUCCUCCCUGCCAUUAUGAGAUAAACAACCAACGUUUCACAGCUAUCGUCAAUUUGAGCGAAGGUGAUAAUGAUUUGGAAAUCGAAGUUUAUGAUGCUUUCAUCAAUCCCUUGGGAUUCCCUGAGUAUCGUAACAAUCGAGUUUUUGAUCAUGGUAAGCUCAGUCUUAAGCAUGAAGUCCCUAAAAAUGUCAAGCCCUUCUUCUUGACUCUUAUGGCAGCUUCAGAUUCUCAAGGGCAGUAUGACAUGCCAAGGUAUCGGUUAAAUCGAGGUGAGCGUCCCUCUUUUGACAUGGCAAUCCGUAAACUCAAAAUUAUGGGACGCUUAUUCCAAGCCUACACUCAAGAGGAAAUGAGACGUAAAGGACUUUCGAAUCGGGUUUUUCAAUUUUAUGAAGAGGAAGUUCAUCAUCAAGGAAUUUAUGGCUAUAAUGUUGAUUCUCCUACCCCUCAUAAGGAGAUCAAGAUUGUUGUCAUGAGACUGCCUCAUCCACUUAGUUUUUUUCAUAAUAAAGACCUUGCUCAACAGAAUAACAAUGCAAGGGACGGUGGAUGGACAUGGAGUCACGCAAUUGAGCUCACGAAAAAGACACCAGAAAUAUAUCAAUACCGAGAGAAGUAUGGCACCGCCGUGCAAGUGGCGUGUAUGAUUCUUGAUUCAUGGUGGGAUAAGAAGAACAAAUUGAUCACUGCUCAUGCAGCAUUGGGAGGAGGUACUGGCGAUGUGAAAAUGGCUGUAUUUGGCUCUCAUGGACUUCACUCUUACCCUAAUAACUUCCCACAAAUCACUCCAUCCUUUUUGGACGCUACCCACCUUUCCACAGACGAGGUUGCAAAUGAUGCGGGAGAAUGUGGCACAUCAUGGGAGUGUUUGAACAUUUGUAGUGGCGCCUUUCUUCAUGAAAUUGGGCACGCACUUGGAUGCCCUCACCAAGUUGAUGGUAUCAUGUUACGUGAUUACGUUCGUUUUAACCGGGCAUUCAUGACUCGUGAAAUGGAGUGCUUACGAACCAAUUCGCUGGGUAAAGUCAUCGAUCGGAAUGGUCAAUGGAGUGAAGAGUGUCACUGGAAUAUGCAAGACCUCAUGCGAUUCUUAUACCAUGGAUCAUUUUCACUACCAGUCGAUGAUUUUCCCAAAAUCAUGGCGACAACGUUGGAACCCGACAAUGCUCCGAAUGCAAUCUCGCCAAUGGCCUACAAGACGAACAAUGGCGCCGAUAUCACCUCUUCGCCGGGCUUUUACACUAUUGAACUCAAGACAAAAGGUUUAGCUCGUUUCUCAAUUAACUUCUUCCCAAAGUGCUAUGGAGGGCAGGGCAAUCCCCACGAGCUCACUUUGGACUACAACCAGCUUGCAUCUGAGUUCAAAAGGAGUAAACCUAAUGAUUUCAUGGAAGAUUUCGAAAUAUCCUGCAAUUCAUUUUAUAAUGACUUUAAUUGCGGUAACUUCAAAGCUUGGCUUAGCAAACCAAAUGAAAUUAUUGAAGGAGAUUUUGGAUGUGGUCCUAUCAAAGGAGUGAAGUCGGAAGCCUUGGGAAAUAAUAAGAACAGAAUGACAGUUGCUUUCUUUGACAAUGAAUCCCUAUUAAGUGUCGAGACUUUUACGCAUUAUGCCUUGAGAGGUGUCAGCUUUCAUUGGUCAGGAUCACCCCAAAAUUUUGAAGGAGGACCACCUAAGGUUCCCCCCAGAGAUUACUUACGGGAUAAAAUCGAAAAUAAAAUUGCUGGAAAACUCGAAAGAAUUGGAAUCAAUCGCCAUCAGUCACAAGGGCAUGUCCAAAGUGGUAAAUCUCUGAUUGGUCGCUUAGAGUCGAACCGGAGUAAAUUUGAGCUCAAACCUAAUGAAUUUAUCACGAGGAUAUACGUGAGGUCCGGUGCUUGGGUGGAUGGCAUUCAAUUUGAAACCAAUUUACGAAAAUCCCCAUUUUUCGGGAAUGAGAAAGGGGGCAGUUUGCAUAUCUUGCAACCGCCUUCUGGGAGUAAGCUUUUAGGGAUGUAUGGUACUGUUGGUGAUUGGCUUGACUCCAUUGGUAUCAUAUAUUCGCAAGUUUAG